AUGUCACUUGUUGCGGAUAUGCCUCAUCCCUUUGCCAACUCGCGGUCGACUCCGCCACCUAGCCCUAGUGCCUCUACGGUUUCAGACUCUAACAUGCGCGAGAUUGAAAAUGGAGAGGCAACGUUCGCUGCACGGCUUAUCACCGCCGUCGAGAAGCUCGUGGAAAACAAGCUAUCCGACAACCGCCCCGCCGGCACUGAGAAGCCUGAAGUAAAGGGGGGGAAGCCUCGUGCUGGCCGUGCGACCACUCUAGCAUACAAGCACGUUGAAGAAACCUGGGAUGAUAAAACGUUCAAAUACAAGAUCGUUGAGGACAAUCAGUCCAGUGUCGGAAAUCUCGACCAAUUUGUAUUUGUUGCCAGAGACAGAAUCGAUAGAAGAACACAGGACAAAACAACCUUCAUUGACGUCAAAUCCGCGGCACUUCGAGAUAUCCUGAGGGAAGCGUGUCGCGAUUUCCGGGGUAUUUCACUUGCUGGUGAUACUCCUUCAAUUGAACAAAACGUUGUCUUUCACAUUCGAAGCUUCCUGAGAUAUCGGCGCGAUACCAUUGUCGCGGAUCAAGACGCGAUGAGCCAUAGCCAUUUGAAUCUCUUUGUGGAUUACAUUGAGGCGGAGUUUCACUCAGUAGACGAAGAGCUUGCUGGCCUUGCCAUCAAGAAUGAGAUAACCUUUGAUCUUCUCUGGGCUUUAUUUGAGCCGAACGAAAAGGUAUUUACUACUUGUCCUGGCACUGGCUCCCCGAGAUGUGUUCUCCAUAACUAUUGCGAAGAAGGGGAAGAAAUGGACGGGUCCAAAUUCAUACGCCUUGACACUCGCUUCCUAGGCACCGAUGGGAAAAUUUUCGGUGAAGCAACUAACAAAAUCAAAAUCCCGCAUUUUCCUGGAGCCAGGAGAAUCGACUUCCUCCCAGCCUACCCUUUGCGUUACCAUCAUAACUACGAUGAGAUAUUCCGAGAGCUGGUGGAGAAUGGUCGUCGAUUUAUCUCCUUGCAUGGCAGUCAUCAUCUUCAAUACCGAGGAUUUGCCUUUUUUUUUAAUGACGAGGGUGAGAUCGUGAAGCGCCAUGUUGACGAGCGGAUCAUGGUGGAUCCGGUCGGCUUCCGGGAGCAUAACCCUGGCCAUCCGCAGCCGACUGUCCGUAAUGUCAACCCCAUACAAGAGACACCCGGGCCGUCCAACUGGACUGGGUCUUUCAGUUCGGAGACAGUGGUAUUGCAAGACGAAGAUUUCCUUAUCUGCGGUCCAACUGUCCUGGGAUUCUGUCUUGGAGGUAAAAAGUUUCUUGAGUUUGCUGUCGCUCAUAUCAGCGACAUCACGUGGAUGCCGUCGUCCUACGACGACGUGAAGAUACCCGAUGCCCAGAAGAAGGCCAUCUGGGCUCUUACUCACACGUACUUUUCUGGCGAUACUGAGAAUGGCCUCGAGGAUAUCGUACAAGGAAAAGGACGGGGCAUCAACUUUCUACUAUAUGGGCCGCCUGGCGUCGGCAAGACGUUAACAGCUGAAACAAUUGCGGAGACCCACAGACGGCCGCUCUAUGUGGUCCCGGCGGGCCAGAUUGGUGUUGAUCCGGUACAGGUGGAGAAUAUUCUCACAAACACCUUCAAGAUCGCAGGUCGUUGGAAGGCAAUCCUGCUUCUUGAUGAGGCAGAUGUGUUUGUGUCUCAACGUUCCGACAACCCGCAAGUCAAUGCCCUUGUCUCGGUAUUUCUUCGAGAAUUGGAGCGAUUUGAUGGCAUUAUGUUCCUUACGACGAACCGAGUGCAGUCCUUUGAUACAGCGAUGAUGAGCAGAAUUCACCUUGCCCUGGAAUACAAACCGCUGGGAAUAGACUCGCGUCGAGCUGUCUGGAAGUUUUUCCUGGAGAAAGCCAGGACCCAGCAUGGCACCUCGAAUCUUACUGAACUAGUUGAUAUCGUGGCGCACAAAGAGCUCAAUGGCCGCGAAAUUCGAAACACUGUGCUUGUGGCACAAUCUAUGGCUGUGUAUGAGGGUACAGUUGUGUGCGAGGAUCAUCUCAUGGAGUCCAUUACAGCACGGGAACAAGUCCGCGAACAUCACCUUGGAGUCGGUGCUUCUGACAACUUGAGAUCUUACUUCUGA